AUGCGACGAGAGUUGUUUCUUCGCAUUUUGAACGGUGUUACAACAUAUGAUGAAUGGUUCAUCCAGAAACCCGAUGCCCUCGGUUGUAUGGGGUUCACUCCUAUACAGAAGAUGAUUGCUGCAAUCCGUAUACUCGCAUAUGGAAUUUUAGCUGAUCUUUGUGACGAGUAUAUAAAGAUUUCUGAGCGCAUUGCGAUCGAAAGUUUAAAGAGGCUUUGUGAUGCUAUAAUUGUUGUGUGUGCGGAGCAGUACCUACGCUCACCAAGUACAGAUGACAUUGCACGUCUACUUCGAGAAGGGGAAGAGAGAGGUUUUCCAGGUAUGCCUGGCUCUAUAGAUUAUAUGCAUUGGGAAUGGAAGAACUGCCCCAUAGCAUGGCAUCGCAUGCACACGGGAAGAAGCCAUAAACCUACCCUCAUAUUGGAGGCCGUUACAUAG